ACAUUAUUAGCGUCCGGGUAUCGGUAAGUGCCCGAAAACAUAGGGAGUGCGCGAGCAGCAUAGAGCGCAAGCCGUCGCAGCUGCCCUGCGGCCGACAAAUGUCCCGCGCGGGCGUUCGAUCCCCCGGCGCGGCCAGGCAGGCGCCCCCGCCGGCCGCGCCGCGCGCGCCGGCCGCGGCAUCGGAAAGCAGCGGCCCGGUCCUCGAUUCGGACGGCAGACCUAUUAGAGCGCGCCUCACGCAACCGCUCGACGCGGCGAGCGCGCCCCAGGCCAUGGACACGUCUUCCUCACAACUCCAACCGCCGCAAGUGCUCAUCGACGCGGGCGCGUUCGCGGCGCUCGCGUGCGAAGUUCAUAGGAGGGUGGACGCCGUCGAGCGGCGGCUCGAUAGGACGUUGCGCGACGACGGCGCGGCGCUGCGGGUCUGGCUGCAGAUGGCCGUCGACGCGCAGAGCCAGCGGAUCCGCGCCGUGGAACGCGGCCUCGGCGCCCUCGUGGAACGGGUGGAGGCGCUCGAAGGGAGACCGUCGACGAACGGUCGAAGGUCGGCCAAAGCGAGGGAAGGUUCACGAGUGCGCCUGCCCGAGACGGCUAGACUGGCGCGAAGGGCUUUACUAGGUGGAAGCCCGGAGGAGCCCAAAGGAGACGAGGCCGAGUGGUCCGACGACGAUGGGGAUUUCGAGUACGUGGGCCAGCCCAUCGCGCGCAGUUUUGACGGGCGACUCGUCCUGGGCAAGGUCACUGGUUUUUUGAGACAGUUGGAAGGGCCCGUGCUGUGGCACGCGGCGCACGACGACGGCGAUUCUGAGGAUUUGGAACAUGACGAGGUCGUGCAGGGGCUGCGGGCCUUCGCCGAGCACGCCGCCGAGACUUCUCGCAAAGCGCAGCGCGACCGGUUCGUGAGUGCGUUGCACGGCACGGGGCCGCUCGCUUCGCAAGUGCCCGAGCAGUUGGGAAGUGAUGGCGAGGGCGCACAACAAGUGUGGGCGUCGUCGACGAGGUCGCGCGUCGUUUUACUGGAGAGACUCCGCUCCCACACGUCGCGCCACGAGGGCUCCGUCGUGGCCACGUCCUUCUUCUUCGAGCUGCCGGUCGACACGGAGCGCUACGGCGACUACGAGGCUCGCGUCAGUUCGCCGCCGAUAUGCUUGCGGGACAUCGGCGACAAGCUCUAUGCAGGAAGGUACCGCACGCCGGAGAGCGUGGAUAGUGACUUGCGGCGCGUCUUCCAGAACUGUCGCGACUACAAUCCUGAAGGAUCUGUGGUGAGGGAGUUCGGCGAUUCUCUCGCAAGAGUCAUGGAGCAGUGGGUCGCCGACUACAACGCGUGCGCGGAGUUGGUGGGCGAGACGUUGCUCUGCGCGGACGCGCGGCCGUACGCGUCGCUCGUCGCAACCGGCUGUUCCCGGUGCCGCCAGCGCGGCUGCCCCGAUUGCAUGCGGGGCCUCCCGGACCUCUGCGUGUCUCGACCGUGCGCGGAGACCGGCUCCAGCUUACAUGUGUGCGCCUUCCUGCCGACGGCCGGACUGGCAGGCGUGUGUGCGGCGGCGCGCCGCGCUUCCGAUUUAGGAGGGCCGGACUCGGCCGCGGCGCGGGCCUCGACGCCCUUCAGCGGGCCGCCGCCGGCGCCGCUCCUGGCGCCGGCGCGGCCGGGGAAGAAGCGCGCGCGCGUCGCCGACGCGGCCGUUGUCGCGAACGGCGAGAACGGCCACCGCCGGCCCAAGCGCGCGUUCUCCGCCGACCUCUAG